UAUGUUGAUCAAGAUUUGUGUGCAUUUCUUGCCUCGGUAGCAGAGACUGGUCUCAGCAGGUGGAAAAUUAAGGACAUAAUGUUACAGCUGCUGCGAGGCCUAGACUUCCUUCACACCAACAUGCUGGUGCACCGAGACCUGAAGCCGCAAAAUGUGCUGGUCAGCAGCCACGGUGAGAUCAAGAUUGCGGAUUUUGGUCUGGCGCGGAUCUACAGCCACCACAUGGCUCUCACGCCCAUCGUGGUGACCCUGUGGUACAGAGCUCCGGAGGUCCUGCUACACUCCGGCUACAUGUCCUCCGUGGACAUGUGGAGCACUGGCUGCAUCUUCGCUGAGCUCUUCCUCCUCAGACCCUUGUUUUGCGGCUAUUCUGACAUACAGCAGCUCCAGAAAAUCAUAGAUGUGAUCGGCCUGCCUGCACAGGAGGACUGGCCUACCGAGAGCCCCAUCCCGUACCCUGCCAACUGGAAGAGUGCAGUUUCUGGCCUUUAACCCAUCCAAGCGUGUCUCAGCCUUUGAGGCUUUGAGACACACCUUCCUGGCUGAGCAGUAGCACCGCUACCCAGGGACCCUAUGGCUGCUGAAGAGCUGGCGGAAUAGCGGUUAAUUCACGGCGGUACCUUCGCUCAAAGGAGAUGAGGACUGUUGCCAGUUGUUCACUUCAAUAAAAGUGUUAUUUCCUU